AUGCGGAACGCGAGCGGUUCCACUCUUGCUUACAGCUUGCUGGUUAUUGGACUUGGAAUUCUAGGGUUUAUUAUUCACGAACAGAAGGAUGACUUACGAGUCAUUCAUACGAUUGCUGCAGUAACUAAGGAGCUAGAAAACAACCAAAACCAACUUGUGAAGCAAUAUGAUCAGCUCAUUGAAGUCGCCAACAAAAUCGCACUCAAUGUCGAAGAGGAUCACAAUAUCAUCACCGACAGCCACGAGUACCUCCACCGUAAAAACGUACGGAUACGUGGAUUGCCAGAAAUAGAAGGCCGAGCAUUGAUAGACAUGUUCCGUGAGCUGGUGACGAAAAAACUCGGACUUGUGUUGGAAGACAUGGACAUUGACCUGGCUCAAUGGGCUGGGCCCAGUCUUCAGGAUGGCACGCGCCCAGCAGUGGUCACUUUUGCCCAAUAUGCGAUGAAGAACAAAGUCCUGGAGAAGGCGCGGCUCAAGCUCAGGGAUAGUCCGUAUGUUUUGUUUGAAGAUCUUUUCGUUGGCAAUGGCGAGAAUUUGACCGAGUUAGCUCAUCAAAGAGGCGUGGACGCCUGUUACAAACACAUCUCAAAGAUUUCGGCUCCAAGUCUGCAUAAAACAUCCGGAAUGCCUUUUGGUGCCUGGUUCAAUGACAUGGGUAACUCUACCGACAAGACAGUAUUCUUUAUGGACCACUAUUUCAAAGAAAGAAACGUCAAAUUCUUCAAUUCGACCGAUGACUUCACAAAGGAUAACUUUGCCGGCACCUUUUUGAUCCCGCUUCGCUGGGCGGGUACUGGGCACGUCGCUUACAAAGGUUCAUUGUACUUCACCAAAUACAACACCACAACAAUGUACCGUUACGACUGGGCGAACAGAAAGGUUCUAACAACCCGGGAGCUUUCAGGAGCUGGCUUCGCGAACCAAGCAGCAUAUCAGUGGCGCGGCAGUACGGAUAUCGAUUUCGCCGUGGACGAAAAUGGACUCUGGGUGAUUUAUGCAACUGAAGCCAACAAUUGGAAUAUAGUCCUGUCAAAAUUGAACGAGGAAACGCUCGAGAUCAAAGAGACUUUCAACACAGGAUGGAAAAAACAGUGGAGUGCGAAUGCUUUCAUGCUCUGCGGAACUCUUUAUGUUUUGAAAAAAUACGAUGAAAAACAGACAUAUAUUCACUACUCCUUCGACACCAAGUCUGGCCGUGCUUCACGCCCCAUGAUUCCAUUUUCCAACAAGUUCGGUUGGAACGCAUAUCUAGCGUACAAUCCACUAGAGCAACGGUUAUACGCCUGGGACAAUGGAAAUCAAGUUACGUAUGAAGUGACACUUGCGGACGAAACUUCAAAAUAG